UGAUACAUUGUGUGCAAGCAAUGCAGAUGCACACACAGUCCCCGGUCUCCGUGUGUGUGUGUGCAUGCAUCAGCACGCGAUCAGUCCCCUCUGCUGAAGAAUGAGAGCGAUUCUAAAGAACGGAAGUGGACCGACCAUUUUGAAACCCCGCACCGCUUAGCACGAUGGAUAAGGGCCACACGGUUAAGCUCUUCGUAGGGAAUCUGGCCCUGGACACCACGCAAGAAGAACUGUCAGCCAUCUUUGAAUCGUACGGCCAGGUGGUUAGCUGUAGCGUCUUGAGACAGUUUGCUUUUGUACACCUGCAAGGAGAGGGCGCUGCUGAGCGUGCCAUCCGGGAGCUCAAUGGCCGAGAGUUCAAAGGACGCAACCUUGUGGUCGAGGAGUCCCGAGGACGCCCGCUCCACUCGACAAAGGUGUUUGUGGGUAAUCUGAGUAGUAUGUGCACCACAGAAGAUCUUCGGGAGCUGUUUCAGACCUUUGGGAAAGUUUUGGAGUGCGAUAAAGUGAAAGGUUAUGCCUUUGUACACAUGGAGAACAAGGAGGAUGCGCUGCAGGCAAUUGAGGCUUUGCAUGGGACCUCCUUUAAAGGACGACCGCUCUCCGUGGAGCUGUCCAAAGUUCAGCCAAGUAAGCAGGCUCCAACUGGGAAAAUCCCAUGUGUCAGUUGCGGAAAACAGGGCCACUAUGCAGGUGAAUGCCCAGCUGGUAAGCCCACCCUGGAGCAGUACCAGAGCCAAGCGGCAGUAUUAGCCGCCGCCGCCGCCGCAGCUGCUGGCCUUCCACUGCAAGUUCAACAGAGUGUCCACAAUUCCGUAUACAACACCUCAACGUUUGACCCCACGUAUGCUGCUUUGACUGGACUCACAGCUGCUGGUGCGAGGGCGGAAGGAGGAACCGCAGUGGCGCCAGCUGUGUACGGAGCACUAGCUAGUCAAUUGUACGGAACGGUUUCCAAUCAGCUCUACAGUGGGGCAGUUGCAAAUCAGGCUCUCAACUCUGGUGCUGCUGCUGCCGCUGCCGCACAGGUGUAUGGCUCCGUUAACCCAGCUCUGUAUGGCCAGGUGACAAACGGAGCAGUCGCAGCUGCCGCUGCUGCAUACGGUCCACAAGUUUACACGUCCGCUGUAGGGAAUCCAGUGUUCCUAGCUGCAGCGCAUAGCAUGGAGGUACCGGCAGGUGCCGCUGCUGCGGUUAACCCAGCUUAUACAGUAGCACCAGCUCUCUACACCACUUCCCCAGCUUACGGGGGUUUUGGGGCAGCUGACCCAGCAGCUAUCUUUGAGGCAGCAAGGGCGCACUACUUUGCACAAGGACAGCAAGUUCUAGCUGAACAGCAACAGGCUAGCUCAAAGUCUGGAGAGAGGGACCGGAGUCCGCUAAGAAGAUCUGCCCCGCUGCUGCCAGACCCUGUUAUGAAACCAUUUAUGUACCAGAGGGCCAAGCGCAGAGCCUUGUUGCCUACACCUGCGGGUCGAGAGGAAGCCGCUGCACAGGAGGAUGACGCUGUAGCCAGAUACUACGCGGAAUACUACCAGCAGUACCAGCAGCUGCAGCAGUAUCCACAGUACCAGUACGCGUAUCCACAUCCCAACCACCUCGCAGCGGUGUCCGCACUGCAGACUCUGCCUACUCAGCAGGUGGCGACGCUCGACUCCCUCAGGCCAGUGCUGCCCGCCGCCCCCGUGCCUGCCGCUGCCGCCAUCGCCAUGGCAACACCCCGCGUGUAUGAGCCACCGCCGAUUCCGCCGUCGCACAAGGAGCCCCUCCUCCGCCGCCCCGAACUCGCCCUACACACCCCUGAAACACCCUUCCGAUAGUGUGCUCCACGUCCUCUCUGCCUCUCCUUUCCUUGUGCUGCGUGUGUGUGCGUGUCAGAAAGAAGCCACAGGUGUAUGUUUAUGACGUGUGUGUGCUUGGGUUUAAGACGGUGGCUGUGUCGGUUUUAAGUACAGACUGGAGCCUCUAACCUUGGUUCUGAUCUCACACACACCCAGUGUAGUCAGGGCUGAAAAGGGAAACUGCAUGCUCUCAUUCCUGCACACGUAACCAAUGUAACACAUUGUCUGUUUAAAGAAACCUUCAAUCUAUUACAAAAUUAGUUUUGAAGGGUAGAUUAGGCACUAGCCACGAUGCUUUUUAACUUUUAUAUUCCUAAGUGUUUGUAGUCUAUGAAUGAAUACUGGACUUGAUAUUUUUUAAAUACUGCUUGAUUAUAGUUAUAUGAACUUAACCAGUUUACGUGUUCAUAUAGUUAAGACGUUAGAUUUCAAUGCAUUUCAAAAAUGUUGAAAUAAGUUGAAUGUAUGUUUACUCCAAAGGUGUGUGAAGUGUAGGACCAGGGUUGGACAGUAUUUUAUGUGUCUUUGUGUGUGUGUUUCUUGUUUUUCUCUGGGACUAUGGUGUAGCGUGUAUGCUUUCCAUUGGUUGUCACGACAGGAACGCACACGUGUACACGUGCACAGGGAAGCGACCUCGAUCCACACGCACAUACAUACGCAUCCCUUACACCUCAGAUGGGAGAAACUUUAGUGAUGACCUUUAACCCCACCCUUCCAUCCCUGUCCACCCAUCCUGAAAGCUGAAAGACACUGUGACUUCUCUCCCUUCCAACUUUAAUGUAGCUACUUCCAUAGAUAUGGUGAUGUAUGGGAAGCAACCAAUCAGAGGAAGGUGUAGCUAGUCAGCUUUUGCUGGGAUCUGUCUUACGGGAGCGUCUCUGAGCUCGCCAACUUAACUGCCAGGAUGCAUUGCAGAAUCUGUUUUUGUAAAGUGUCUUUUAUUAAUGCUAUCAAGUUUUUUUUAUAAACAGUGAUAAGGGACUCAAUUAUCCAUUUAAAGAGACAUACUCCUUUUAAUUUGUAACUUUUGUUUACAGCUGCAAGAAAGAGAACAUGUUCUUUCUUGUGGCUUUUUCGUAGUGAUUGUUUAUAGCCAAAAUUAUCUCUUUUUUUCUAGAAAAACAGCCAAAAUCAUGAGUGGCCUAUGAUUCUUAUGCCUUAGUAGUGAAAUGUAUUAAAAGUUUUUGCUAUUUUUGUUUUUUUAUCUGUAGUCUUAUAAAGUGAAACUGGAUUAAGGCUACACGAAAGUGCUGUAUAUUCUGUGGUGCUGUGAUUUGGGAUUAAAUGAAUUGGGAGAUUCCUAUCAGUUUCUUUCAGUCUUCCUGCUCAUUUCGCUGCUGCAACUCCAUAGAUGACCCUCACUGCAUCUCUCUCCAUCUCUCUUUGCAUCUGCCUCUCAUUUAGUGACAGUAUUUCAUUCGUUUACCAUGCCCCUGUUCGCACCUAUGUGCUGAGGAUGCCAGUGUGUGAAUGUGAAUGUGACCUUAGAAAACGUUUUGCAUCGACAUUCAUGUUUGUAGUUUCUAUCACGGUAACUGUUCUUGCCGCAAGUGUUCUCAGAAGAGAAGACUUUAAAGAUCUGUACACGAUCUUUACGACUAUAACAAGCCUUCAAAUAAAGAGCCUGCCUGAUCAUUUAAAGAGGGAACUCAAGAGCUUUUGCUUGGAGCUUUAGCUGUUCUUGCCUUUUGAUGUUUCAUGAUUGUUUUUCCUUUGUGAAACGACCAGACUCGUAUGAAUCGGAGCCCUGAAAAGAAGCUAAAGGACUAGAGACUGAUCCCAAUCUCACCCCUGUCUCUAUGGAUGGGGUAAGUCUAGGGGCAACCCCACUCUAUACCCCCCAGCUGCACACACCAUACCAAACCCCUUCCCCAGGAGCAGCAAAAUCUUCAACCCAGCUUUUGGUACUUUUUAACCACCCAUAGUCCCCAUGCAGCUUCUUUAACUGGAGUGUGCUUCAAUGAUGACUAUCCUUGACAUGCUUUUAUGAUGCAAGCAUAUUGUAAAACAUGUUUAUGUGUGAGUGUCAGGAGGCACCCACACUGUAAAACUUCUUUGCAUUUCCUUUAUUUGUACGUGAUGGGGCUGCAAUUGUAAAUUCAAGAUAUUUCCCACAAGGCUUCGCUCACUUCUGCUUCCAUUGUGCAUGCUUCUUUUUGUUGUUUUCACACCCCAAAACAAACGCUUUCUGAUGUGACUAUUCCAACUGAACUAGGUCCCUAUGGAACUGGACACCAUAUGCAGUGCUGGUUUGGGGGGAAGAAAGUUAGCGUCGCGCAGUGUACGGGAAACUCUCUCACUCCAUACAGGUAAACACACUGUGCCUCGCCCCCUUUCUACCUGUCGUCCUCCCCGAUAGCGUUUGCGCCUGACCGUGUAUCCGCUCUAUUUCUCCUCACCACCACCCCACCCUUCUUGUAGAUUCCUCACUUCUCGUCACCACUGCCAUAGCCAAUUGGUUCUCUAAACACCAGUGUUAUGCUACUCUGUCACUGCCAAAAGGGGGGCGGCGGGGGUGACUGUUUACUGCUUCUGUGGCUGGUGUGUCUCGGUAAUGGGUGGGUGCUUGGUGUUCUAAUAACUGACCUGUUGGUUUAGCUUCGGAGAGUGUGGUGAUGAUGUGUCCCUAAGCAAGUGAAUGAGUGGGAUUUCUGGUCAAUGAUUGAAAGACUGUGUAAAACGAGUGUUAAAAAAAGUUCGCAAGGGUGGCUGAUAAAGGUGUGUGACAAAGGUGAGUGAUUGUGAGUCAGUAUCGUCGACCUCACCUGGGCCCCCCCCUCCAUGUGCCUUUUUUUUUGUUUGUUUAUUUGAUUUAACCCUUGCCCCCAGGCUUCCUCGAGUCUACUCGCCGUUAACGCCCAGCUCACCGCCGCCCUCGUCGCAUCCCCAGUGCUAGUUGUUACGUUUGUUCAGUGUUAACCACUGCUUGAACGCAUCCCCAAAAGCUCUGUCACUGGACCCGAGACACUGGCCAAAAUUUUAUUCACAAGACUCUCAUUUGGGCUCAGUGACACUGGCAACCCUUAUCAAGCAGUGCCUGACUGUGAUACACUGCUCCGCCGCAAACCAACAAGGCGUUCUUAUCAUAAACUUACGCUUUUGUUUUCUAGCUUGACAACAAUUCUUGAGCAGAAGCUUACGUAUGGUCAUACCAAACAGUUAUCAAAUUGGGUUUUUGUUUGUCAGAUUAAAAGACAUUCUAUUCUAGGAGUUAAUCUGAAAGCUACGUUGUGUUACCUGUUCAAAUGAGAGUCUGUUAUGAUGUUUGUGUUUGAAAUAGCUGAAUGUACAAUAAGUAGGUGGCACAGAUUUAGAUCGCCUACCUGGUUAAAUUAAAUAGCUGGUAGAGGAAUGUCCUAGAAAAAAAAGCUGGGGAAAAAAUAAGACUGCUGAACCUGAGCUGCCGGAGGGAUACUUACAGGACCUUUCCUCCAGAGGGAGCAUGGUAGUGAAGUGUGGCUUAUUUCACUAGAAGGUGCUGUUCUUGCUUUUACUUGAUUUUUCAGAUGAUGAUGUAGCAUCUUCACAUACAUUGCCACACACAUCUGUAUUGCUUUUUGUCUAUAGUGUCUGUUUAACUUUGCCUGUAGAAAUGAGGGGAAAAGGACAAGAUGACCUCAGUUUUACAUCUUAUUCUGGAAGGAAAAGAUCUUGAGUUACCUGAAAUAAGAUGCCUCUUAUGCCAGAGACAGAGUAGUAGCCGGUACUCCUAAUGUUAGUGGUAUUAAGAUCUUUGGCUUGCAGAUAUUUGCGGUUGACAUUUCUGUGAUGUCCGUAGCAUUCGUUAAUGAUGAAUGAUGUCUGCAGCAGAUAGAUAUCAGAGGUUUUCGAGAAGAGCCUUCCAUACAGAAUCUUGGUUCUUAAACAUGAUUCUUGGUUAGUAACCAAAUCACACUUACCUUCUUCUCCAACUUGCUCUUCCAGCUUAAGUCUCUUUGAAUCUAGAUGGUACACUCCAAAAUUUUCAUUGUGUAACAGAAUGCUCUUUCUAUCCACUUCCUCCCUAGAUAUCGUCGACCUUCUUGUUUAAAGUGGACAAUAACAAUAACACAACCUCUAGUGUUUGUAUCCCACUAUAUUUAGAAAACUGCAGUAUUUUCUUUUUUUAAUUUUCCUUUUUUUUUUUUUUUUUUUUAACUUGAUUCUUUAUAAGGAUAUCCCAGACUGAGUGAAAAGGCUACUCCCAAGAUUUUUGAAAGUCAAAGUGCAUAAUUUUUUAGAAUUCAUGUAUGAAACGAGAAUCAUUUCUAUUGCAGGUGACAGAAUUUGAGCUGGUCGUAAUGUUUUUAUCACCUUCUAAUGAAUAUAUGCAUGCUUUGUUAAUGUGUGUAUAUUGCAAAAACCUUGCGACUGGUAAAGUGUACUCUCCUACACCAGCUUCUGCAUGAACACUGUUUGGCAUCGCAUGCUUACUGCAAUAAACUAGAACUAUUACAGCA